GCAGUGCCUCCGCCCUCAGCAAGGUGCAAGCGGCCCCACCCUUUCUUCCUCACGGAGGGAGGGGGAAAGGAGCCAACAGCCGUAUUCAGGUGCGGAGGGCUCCGAAGUUAGCGACGUACGCAUGCGCGGGGCCUACGCCCUUUCCUCCGCCUCCCCUCACCUGCGUCCGGCGGCGACUUACGCGCUGGGGCUCAGAAGCUGGGGAGGCGCGCGCCGCGGGCGGACGGUUCCCGGGGGCUAAGAGAAGCUAGCUCGUCGGGUGCGGGUGUGCGAGCGAGCGCGCGCUUGCGCACACCGAAGCCACAGCCAGGCCCCCGCCUCCGACGCGGUCGGCGGCCUAGCCUUCGCCAACCGCCGCGGGCUACUCGAGCCCCCCGUCACCGAACCUCCCCCGCCCCCACCUGAGCGAGAGCCCCGGAGACCGUUCAAUUCACGGCGGCGGCGGCUCGCGCGGAGCGGUCCGAGCCGGGCCCAGGAUGGGGCAGCAACAACGGCGGCCGCACUUCCAGGUCCUGCUCCCCCUGCUGGGGGCCCUGCUCCUGGCCGGGCCGGCAGGGGGCUUCGACGACAACGCAGCCAGCACCAGCGGGGCCAAAGAACCGGCAGACCUGCAGGCUCCCCCAAAACAAGACUCUGAAGUAUUUCCUGAUAAUGAUUUCAACUAUGAAGAAUCCUGCGCGGCCAAAGCGGUCACUGGCCCUUGCCGGGCAGCCUUCCCACGGUGGUACUUUGACCCUGAGAAGAACACCUGUGCUCAUUUCAUCUAUGGAGGGUGUCGAGGCAAUAAAAAUAGCUACCUGACCCAGGAAGACUGCAUGACGAAAUGUUUCGGCAAGCAUAUCCAUAAAUCAUCUCAUCCUGUCAUGCCACAUUCCACCAAAGCUAUGGCCUUGGCGGUGCUGCUGGCAGUGAUGGCGGCCGUCCUUCUGGGAGCGAUGGUGGUCAUCUUUAUCAAGAUAGUCCGGAAGCACCGGGCGAGUGCCUUCAACACCGUGUGGAGCCCCAUAGAUGACAAGGAGUACCUGGUGAAGAGUGCCUACACCCUUUGAGGAAGCUGAGGGUCCCCCACCCUGUGGGCAGCGAUGGCAGCAGUGGCAUCCCCCUCCUGCUGGCUAGUGGUCCCUUCCCAUGCAAGCUGCCACAAGGGCACAAAAGCCCUCAAUGAAGUGUAAAUAUGAGAAAUUGUUGGGUGAGGGGAAGAAGGGAGAGCAAAUUGUAGACAGGCCGUGUUUUUGGUGUUUUCAUUUUCUCCUUCUUAGUUUUUUAAGUGUGAUUGAUUUGUGUAUGACUUUUGUAAUUCCAAGAGGCUAGUGAGCACGGGUCCUAGUCUGGUUGGGGCGGGGUGGGGGGGGAGUGGGGUUAAGGGGCACUUGGGAAAAGGGCAUUUUGGUUUAGAAAUAUUUUUAAAGAAACCAAAACAGAUUUUUAUUUCAGGAUUCUGAAAGGGAGGGGUAGAGGAAGAAACGUGAAAGAUUAAUAAAAGUGCCUUCUCUUUGAAAAUCCA